CACACUACCCGGCCUAAACCAUUAAUGGAGCUCCUUGUGCUCCUUGCCGUCUUUGUCUUGGGCUUGUCUGUUUUGAUCCGUCGUAGCAGCCGGCGUGCCCCUGCACCUCCAGCUCCGGUCGUCCUCCACAAGAUCAGCGACCCUGCCGUCGCCCACCGCUUGCUCGUCGACGACGCCGACGCCUUCUCGAACCGCCCGGUGCUGCCCUUUUUCGUGGAGCUGGCCAAGAGGCGCGGUGGCCAACGCAAUGAGAACAUAAGCACGGUGCCCCACGGCCCGCACUGGCGUGCUCUUCGGUGCAACAUCACCGCCGAGACCCUCCACCCGUCGCGCCUCGGGCUUGGGCACAUCGCGCCGCUGCAGCGAGAGGCCAUCCAGGACCUCGUCGCCGCCCUGCAGUCCACCGGCGCCGGGGCAGGCCUCCGGGACAACCUCCGGGCCGCCGUCUUCCGGGUCAUCGCGCGCCUGUGCUUUGGGGACGGAGUCGACGAGUGCCAUGUGCGUGCCGUUUGCUCCCAGGUACAUGGCUUACAGGUCGCCAUCGGAGAGGUCAACCCCUUUUCUGGCCCCUCCAUGCUAGCCAAGCUCGCGGAGUGGAGGUACCAGCGCCAACUCUUGGCCUUUCAUGCCCGGAUCACCGAGCUGUGCCUCCCUCUCAUCGCGGCACGGCGGCGACGACCACACGACGACGACCUGUGUCGUCCGUACGUCGACACACUCAUACAACUCCGCGUCCCCGACGACAAGCACGGCGGCCGGCGGGCUCUUAGCGACGACGAGAUAGUGGACCUCGUGUUGGAGUUCCUCGGCGCGGGCUCAGGAUCGUUGGUGGUGUGCCUCGAAUGGACUCUCGCUCACCUCGUAGUCCAGCCGGAGGUCCAGAAAAAGCUCCGCCAUGAGGUCGACGGCGAGGCCGCUGAUAGGAGCCAGCUGAUCCGUGGCAUGCCGUACCUGCACGCCGUGAUCCUUGAGAGCCUCCGCAUGCACCCGCCGGCACCGGUGGCCCUGCGCCACGUCCAGGCCGACGCGGCUGCCGCUGCGACACUCGUGGGGGGAGGUACAACCAGCGCCGUGACUGUGCUUUUCCUCCUGGGGGACAUGGGAAGGGACAGGAAGGCGUGGAAGGACCCGGACGAGUUCCUGCCAGAGCGGUUCCUGGCCGGCGGCGACGCCGAGGGCGUCGGCCCUCUGCCGGGGCGCAAGGAGACGAGCAUUAUUGUAUCUAUACCAUGGUACGCCGCCUUCGGCAAGCCAUCCUCCGGAUUCAUCCACUCCCGCCCUGAUCUGCAGCCCCGUCGUGCGCCGGAGUGA